GUCACCUGGCGUGCCUGCCGCCUACUCUGUGGAUAACUGAGGAUGUGGCUGCCCUGUCCCAGAGUCUGCAGAAGGCUACAAUCAACGCAGAGCAGAAGCCCAACGCUGAGGGACAGGCCUUCUCGGCCUCUCUGCUGCCACCUGGAGUGCCUGACAGCGAUGUGGGCGACCUCGAUAAGCCCCAGAUGUGCGCCCAGCAUUCACAGGAGAUCUUCGACUACAUGGCAUACCUCGAGACCAAGUGGCCUCUGCAGCCCAAGUUCCUCCGGCUGCAGACGGCGGUGUCACCCGAGAUGAGGGCCAUCCUUAUAAACUGGAUGAUGAUGGUGCACCAACGCUUCCAGCUGCUACAAGAAACAUUGUUCCUGGCCGUCUCACUCACUGACAGAUUCGUGCAGGCUGACAUUGUGGAGCACAACGUGGUCAAGUUGGUGCUCUUGCCGUGCCUGCUGGACUACCCCAUGGCAUGGGUGCGGCCCUCGGAGCAAGCUGCUGCGGCUGUCUGCCUCUCCCUGCGGUUGUUUGACCGGGAGGACCAGCACAUGUGGGGUGCCCUGAUGUCGCACCUUGGGUGCUACACGGAGGAGGCCCUGCAGCCCACCAUCAAGAUCAUGGCAGGACUUCUCCUCGAUGCAGCAAAAAGCGGCCACAAGGCCCCAUACGAGAAGUACAAGCACAGCCGGAUGGAACGUGUGUGCACAGUGAUCGUUGCCCACGCUGCCAAGCUCCGCGAGAUGGCUGUCCGGCCCUGAGGAAAUGCAGAAGAUUUUAGUGGACACUUUUAUUUUUUUGCACAGCUUCACAUUGCCUGUGCAGUAAUUGGCAAAGCCUGUGAAAUGAGAAACUGCACCUGCA